AUAAAUAGUGGCAAAAGACAUAUGCAAGCAAAGAAGCAAUAUUUUUCUUUUCUUGAAGCAAACACGGGUUUCUUGGUGUUCUGAUCAAGAGACGAGAGCGUUGGUUUUCUUCUAUUUUUCGAUCAUCUUCGAGAGGUAGAAUGGCAAAGAGUUACUUCAAACAAGAGCAUGAUCUUGAGAAGAGAAGAGCUGAGGCUGCUAGGAUUAGGGAGAAAUACCCAGACCGUAUACCGGUGAUUGUGGAGAAGGCAGAAAGAAGUGAUAUCCCAAGUAUUGACAAGAAGAAGUACCUUGUCCCAGCUGAUCUGACAGUUGGUCAGUUUGUCUAUGUUAUCCGCAAAAGGAUUAAAUUGAGUGCAGAAAAGGCAAUCUUUAUAUUUGUGGACAAUGUCCUUCCACCUACAGGAGCAAUUAUGUCUGCCAUAUAUGAUGAGAAGAAGGAUGAAGAUGGUUUUCUUUAUGUUACUUACAGUGGGGAGAACACCUUUGGAGAUCUGGCUUCCCACUAGAAUUUAACAGAUUUACGCUAUAUGAUCCGGUUGAUCCCUAAUUGGCUUGUCUCAUAAAUUUGUGAUGGUACUCAAUAUCAAAGAACAGUGGUCUCAAUGUUAUGUACAGUUGUAUAUAAAUUCUAAGAACCUGUUUCAUGUUAAAAAGUUUCCUCGUUCACUCUUUCAGUUCUUUUCUUGGUUGUUCAUGCAUAUCUGGGAUAAUCAUGUUAAUUGCAAA